CUCAGUCUCCAUGCCAUCUGAUGGCAGCGAUCUCCUCACCCUGCAUUCAGGGAAUGAGAGGUGAGCUCUGCUGUGUCUCUGCUGGCAGGAGGACACCUGUGUGCUGUGACACUGAGCUGAGACCCGGGGAACCCAUUUCCAGUGUGCACCUGAUGCUCCGGUUGUCCCUUGCUAACGUACUUUAACACUUACCAUGUCCUUCUUUGCUUCUAGAAGCAGUGAAGCCGCACACAGCUGCUGUACCAACCUGCCCGUGCACUGCCUUCCCCGCCUGAUGGAGCCGGCACUGACGCAGGACCCUCCUCAAGGCAGCCGGCUGAGCCUGGUGCAGGGGCACUAGAGGGACGUGGACAGUGGCGUGUGUGCCACCCCGGGAGGGGCAAUGGCUCAGGGCACUGGGAGCAUCAACAGUGACUACAAGGACUGGGAGUGGAGCGCUGAUGCUGGGGAACGGGCCAGGCUCCUGCAGAGCCCCAGCGUGGAGACUGUGCCGAAGGGCGGAGAGAGCCAAGGGAAUGGUCUGGGGGCCACAUCGGCUCUGGGAGCUGUCUUCAUUGUGGUCAAUGCUGCCCUUGGGGCUGGGCUGCUCAACUUCCCUGCUGCCUUCAGCAUGGCUGGUGGUGUGGCAGCAGGCAUCGCGCUGCAGAUGUGCAUGCUGAUCUUCAUCAUUGGAGGCUUGGUCAUCCUGGCGUACUGCUCGCAGGCCAGCAAUGAGCGCACCUACCAGGAGGUGGUGUGGGCUGUCUGUGGGAAGGUGCCUGGCGUGCUGUGUGAGGUGGCCAUUGCUGUCUACACCUUCGGCACCUGCAUCGCUUUCCUCAUCAUCAUCGGAGACCAGGAAGACAAGAUCAUUGCUGCUCUAGUGACGGAGCCCAAGGAAGCUGGGAGCAGCCACUGGUACCUGGACCGCAAGUUCACCAUCAGCAUCACGGCCUUCCUCCUCAUUCUGCCCCUCUCCAUCCCCAAGGAGAUCGGUUUCCAAAAAUACGCCAGCUCUCUGAGCGUGAUUGGCACCUGGUAUGUCACGGCAGUCAUCAUCAUCAAGUACAUCUGGCCUGACAAGGAGCUGGUGCCCGUGGAGAUCCCCACCAGGCCCUCCACUUGGACUGCUGUCUUCAAUGCCGUGCCCACCAUCUGCUUUGGGUUCCAGUGCCACGUGAGCAGCGUGCCUGUCUUUAACAGCAUGAAGCACCCAGAGGUAAAGACCUGGGGGGCAGUGGUGACAGCGGCCAUGGUGAUCGCACUCUUUGUCUACACGGGCACUGGUGUCUGUGGCUUCCUGACCUUUGGAGCUGGUGUGGAGCAGGAUGUCUUGAUGUCCUACCCCUCCAACGACAUCCCGGUUGCCCUCGCCCGGGCCUUCAUCAUCCUCUGUGUGCUGACUUCCUAUCCCAUCCUGCACUUCUGCGGCCGGGCUGUCUUGGAGGGUCUCUGGCUCCGCUACACUGGGGUGACAGUGGAGGAGGACGUGGUCCGGGAGCGGAGGAGGCGCCUGCUUCAGACCAUCAGCUGGUUCCUGCUGACACUCCUCCUGGCUCUCUUCAUCCCUGACAUUGGCAAAGUCAUCUCUGUCAUUGGGGGCUUGGCUGCCUGCUUCAUUUUUGUCUUCCCAGGGCUCUGCCUGAUUCAAGCCAAGCUCUCUGAGAUCCAAGAAACCAGGGCAAUCAGCUGGUGGGCCCAGGUCAGCUAUGGGGUGUUUAUGGUCACCCUUGGAGCCUUCAUCUUUGGACAGACCACUGCCAACACCAUCUUCAUGGAUCUCACAGCCUGACGACUCCUCCACGUUCAACCACACUGCUGCUGCUGAGGGGAUGCAGAUUUCCCCUAGGACCAAAGGGAAAUUAGAAGAGAACAGGUUAUCAUCUUGGGAAGACCCAAGAGGAACGUUGUAAUCUGGGGCUUGGCUGACAGAGCCCUGUGGUAGUUUGCAUCUCAUCAUCUUAGCACACCAGGCUGUCAGACUCUUCCUCUCAGGCCUGACUCCCUGGUGAAGCCGGAGCACCACUACAAGGAGACCUGGAGUCCAGAUCAAGCCCUUCGGGGUAGAUAUCACUACCUGAGACAUCACUAAGGGGCCACGGUUGGGGUUUGCCAAGGCGUGCUGCCCUCCUCCGUGUACCCCCGUGCUGGUGAGGCUCCUCUCCGCAGCUUCAACUCCUCCCAACACUGGAGGGAGACCUUGUGUCUUCAUAAAUGGAGCUAGUAGCCAUGUUUGUCAGACAGGGCACCACUCCCCUAGUCCUCUUGUGUGCAGUGCUUGGUUGGAACUCUGCUUCCCUGUGGCCCACCUUGCCCAUCUCCUGCCCUUACUCUUGUAUCUCCCUCCUCCUGGGCUGCACUUUCUGUUACUAAGUGGGAUGUUGCCUUCAGCCUGAAUCUUUCUUGGGGGAUCAGGACAAUCCUGGACAUGCCAGUGCAAUGUUCUCCUUGGCAGGGGUUGCUCACUCGCUGGAGAAGGUGCUGUUGCUGUAUGGACCUACUAAAGAUACUAUGCAAGAGCAAAAGCUCUUCACCAGAUUUCCAAUCCUGUUCUUCCAGGAGGUGUCCAGGGAAUGGCACUGGGCCAUGUGUAGGUUUUAAGGGAUGCUUUGGGGAUAAAGAAUUCAGUAUUAAUUCAUUUUAUAUCGUUCCAUUGGUGGUUUAUACUCUCUGUGGCUGGUGUUGCUCUGAGCUGUCCCUCCGUUGCCUGUCUGGAUGAUAGUUUCACAACUGCUUUUGCUGAGUUGAGCAGUUCCUCCAGCUGAAGGCUCAGCUGGGGGAGUUAAACCUCAACAGCAAACGAUUCUUUUUCAGUCUUUUAAGUUUCCUUGUUUCUUGCUUGGCUUCUAAAACCCUGGGGGAGCAAGGAAUUCAUGUGUAUCUACUGCUGCAUCUGUGAUGAGGGUCCAGCUCAUCUCAGUGCAAAACCUGGCGUGGCCCUUCCUUGGAGAAAGAGGAAGAAAAGCCGCAAGCACAGCAUGAGUGUUUGAGGGAUGCUGUGAAGGCUGCAGGCUUCUUGUCACCCAACACCGCUGAGUCCUUCUCCUCUGGGCUGCUCUCAGUCCAGUCUCCCUCAGCCUGUGUUUGUGCUUGGGAUUGCCCUGACUCAGUGUACGACUGUGCAUUUGGCACUGUUGAACUCCAUGAAGUCUGUGCUGUCCCACCUCUCCAGCCUGACCAGCUCCCUCUGGAUGGCAGAAUAAGAGGGUGCGCACCCCACCUGCAGACUACUCGUCCUGGUCAUGGGGAACAGAGCACCACCUCCCAUAGCGACCAGCAGCAGCUGCCAGUGCACAGUGCCUUUCAGUGCCCAUCCUCUGUCAAGAUAGAGUGGUGUUUGUUAGCUGGUGGGUUCUGUGGCUCUGGCUUUUGGUCCUGUGUCUGAA